AUGGAGAAGAGAGUGAGCAAAGCUCAGGACAUGGCUUGGAGGAUGAUAAAUGAUGGUGCUUGGUUGAAGCUGGAGGAGGAUGUACAUCAGCUCCAAGCCUCAAUGAGGAGCCCAAACAUGGCGACCUUCAAACAGCAGAAGGUGGAGGAUGUGUAUGAAAUUGGAGAAGAGCUGGGAAGUGGCCAAUUUGCCAUAGUGAAGAAAUGCCGGGAGAAGAGCACAGGGGCUGAGUAUGCUGCCAAAUUCAUCAAGAAACGGCAGAGCCGGGCAAGCCGUCGAGGUGUCCAGCGGGAGGAGAUUGAGAGGGAAGUGCACAUUUUACAGCAGGUCCUGCAUCCCAACGUCAUCAAACUGCAUGAUGUCUAUGAGAACCGAACAGACGUGGUUCUCAUCCUUGAGCUGGUUUCCGGGGGAGAGCUCUUUGACUUCCUCGCCCAGAAAGAGUCUUUGAGUGAGGAGGAAGCAACCAGUUUCAUUAAGCAAAUUCUGGAAGGUGUUAACUACCUGCAUGCCAAGAAAAUUGCUCACUUUGACCUCAAGCCAGAGAACAUUAUGCUGUUGGAUAAGAAUAUUCCCAUUCCACACAUCAAGCUAAUUGACUUCGGCCUGGCUCAUGAAAUUGAAGAUGGAGUGGAGUUUAAGAACAUUUUUGGGACCCCAGAAUUUGUAGCUCCAGAAAUUGUGAAUUAUGAACCCCUUGGGCUGGAGGCUGAUAUGUGGAGCAUAGGAGUCAUCACCUACAUCCUGCUAAGUGGUGCUUCACCUUUCCUUGGAGACACAAAGCAGGAAACAUUGGCAAACAUCACAGCAGUGAGCUAUGAUUUUGAUGAGGAAUUCUUCAGCCAGACCAGUGAGUUAGCCAAAGACUUCAUUCGGAAGCUCCUGGUUAAAGAAACAAGGAAACGGCUCACAAUCCAAGAAGCGCUCACUCAUCCCUGGAUCACGUCCAAAGGAGAAGCCAAAGCCUUGGAACCCAGGAAGUCAGAGCCCCCGCAGCUGAAGACCAAGCGCUUGAGAGAAUACACCAUCAAGUGUCACUCCAGCAUGCCCCGCAACAACACCUACGUUAACUUUGAGCGCUUUGCCCGUGUGGUCGAAGACGUGGCUGAGGUGGAGCGGAGCUGCAACACCCUGGCCACGGCCCAUGACUCUCUCCAGGAUGAUGUGGAGGCGCUGCUGUCCAUCUAUAACGAGAAGGAAGCCUGGUACAGAGAAGAGAGUGAAAACACUCGGUACAGCCUUUCCCAGCUCAAGUAUGAGUACCGCAAAGUAGAGGCCAUGAAGAAGGCUCUCCGGGAGGACAUCCAGACCGUGGACUCUGACCUGGGGAGUGUAGCUGGGAAAUAUGCUCAGCUCGGGACUCAGUACGAAGCUCUACGGCGGGAACUUUCUGAGGACUUGAGGUGGAUCCAGGACCUCAUGAGUGACUUCCAGCAAGAGAAGGGUAGCGAGGAAAGCUUUGGCUCGGAUUUCAGCAGAGAUGUGAAUAAGUCGCUAAUGGAACUGUUAAAUAGGUCUUGCAGCGAAGACUUCCUGGCAGGUUUAAAGCUCAGGGUUACAGAAUCCAGCCAGUAAUGGGGC